GGAGGAAUCCGGAUGUAGAGAUCCUUGAGGGAGAAGACAACAUGCCACCUCUAGAGCCACUUUCUAGAGAGAAGAUGAGCAUGGGAAAUGAUCGAAGAUGUGCUGAUUUUAGCGGAAGAAGAGAGGAAUUUCAGCGUCGAGGUGCUGAUUUUGAAGGCAGGAGAGGGGAAUAUGAUGGAAGUACAGAUGUCAUCCUGGGAUGAAAUGGCCCAUGCCCAAGAACAUCAGAGGGUUAAAGGGGUUUCUUGGGACUGACGGGAUACUAUAGGAGGUUUGUGAAGGGGCACAGUUCCAUCGCUUGGCCAUUGACGGAGCAGCUGAAGAAAGACAACUUCUCCUGGGGUGAUGCAGCGACCCAGGCCUUCGAAAGGUUGAAGAAAGUCAUAACCUCCCAUUCCUCGAAGAGGAGGUACUGCCCAAGUGUCCCGGUGCCUAACAUAACCUCCCAUUCAUCAAGUAUUACCUUAGGGUUACUUGCAAACUCAAGUAUUUCCUAUCAAAUUACCUCAUCCAAGCCAGGCUAGGAAACUAAGAUUGAUUCAAACAAAAUCAAACUGAUUUAAAACAAAAAAAAUUGUGGAAUCAAUCAGAAAAAUCAAAAAGGAAUUAUAAGACAAUGGAAUCGUAACCGCAGAUCAUUCAAAUCUUCCAUCUCUUCUGCCAACCAACCAUACACCCUCACCAUUUGCCCUGUGUCCCCCACCGCCCCCUCCUGGGAAAAUAAUUUUUAAUUAAAAAAAAAAAGCCACAUUCGCUUCAAUCUCUUUUUACUUUCUUUGUAUUCCUUCCAAUUUGAUAUUUGUGCCACUAACAAUGUUAGCAAAAGGAAUGCCUCUUCUUUAUACUAUCAUCAUUGAUGCAAAUACCACGAAGCUUUGCCAUAUUCCUCUGCCAUUGCUACCACCAAGCAUCCUAAGGUGCAAAAGACUAGAAAGAAGCUUGUAUUAGGUGGCAAGAACAAUGAAAAGUUGCUUGAAACUUUUAAAGUAUUAACAGUACUUGUUAGGAUAACAAAAUCCCAAUUCGAUCCAGCAAAACUUAUUAAGUAAAAUUGAAUAUCGAGGUGACCCACAAGCACUGAAGAAAGCCCAAUUUAACUCCAUUUGACUGAAGUAAUACUCCAACAAACUCAAAAUUUCAUGGUCAACAAACCCCCCAAAAAAAGUUUCAAAAAAUUGCGCCAAAUUCAUGAAUGCUUGAACCAAUCGAACAAGGGCUCAAAUGAGCUUGACUGUUACAAUAAAGAUCAACCAGCACAGCUUCGAUUGGGCCAACUUCAUAAGUUGUGAUGUCGUUGCAUGCAUAUAGGAGGCCCACUGAGCCAACCCUUAUGAACCCUUGAGAUUAUUAUUAUCCAUUACAAUUCAAAAGAUCCACUUUUCUCAAAGUCAUUGCAACUCCCACACUCCAUCAUUUCACAAGUCAUUUUGGGUAAACACUCUCACUGAUAAACAAUACUGCUCAUUGCUCAUUUUACCAGAUUCAUUCAAGAGGUGGCAAACUUUCUGGUGCCUAAUCCCGUAGAUCAGCACAUCGAAACUUUGAUAUGUUGCCACCUAUUCUACUCAUGACAUUAUUGCUUGCAACAUGGUCUCAUCAGAUUGGAAAUUCAAGACUUCAAUGGUGGCCAUUGUCAGUUGCUAUUAUAAGACAUCACCAAAUGUCUGAGCUAGCUUAGGUCAAGGUUGAUUACACCAGAGGCAAGCCUCAGCUGAUCAUCUUUCCAUGAUGAGGAACUUCGGUCUACACUUCUAUUAUAAACAAGCAUAGAAAACAAUCAGAUAAUAAUCUAACCAUCCAAAAUAUAUAAAUAAAGCUUAAAUUCAAAUCAUUUACAAGAUUGUUUUUACAAUUUGGAACUCUACAAAAAAUUUUCUCACCUCCACUAAUGAUGAUGCUUUGAAUUAAUUGAAGUUCAAGAUUGUUGCAAAAAACACAAUGCAGUCUACCCAACACCACAUGAAGAUGCCUCCAUUUCUGUUAUCUUUGGCAAAUGUUGUUAUCAUUCUUUACACUUGCGUGUAACUUGUGUGGUGGCUACGACUCUCAAUCAUCCUUUUGCCUACAAAUGAGGCAAUUUGUAUGGAGUCUUUCUAAUUAUUGGAAGGUAGAGAGCUACUUAUAUGACUUUCUACAACUAGAGGGUUUGUGCAAUUGGGCCAUACCACAUGAUUUUUUUCAAUUGGAUUUUCGUCGUAAAAAAUUAUCUUUAUCAUUAGCUCUACAUGUCUUCAAAUUUGUUAUCUAAAACAAGCAUUAAACACGCAUAACUUUUUUAACUCUUCCCCGGCGAGAAACAUUUUAGUAGGGGUGUAAUGUCACAUCAAACCAAAAAGUUAAUACUACAGGACACAAUGACCACUUUGACCUUUCUAAUAAAUUAUAAUUUUUGUAGGGCCACUCCUGUUACACUAAUUAGGUAAACCAUUUUUUUUAUAAAAAUUGAAUCAUAAAUUAUGCCCCUCCCACUUCUGCACACAUUUAUCAUUUUUAAAAUAUCUUUCCCUUUAUCUGACAAACUACUAAAGCAACAUAAUAUGGAAAUCAAAAUUUAGUAUUAUCAAUUUAAGUAAAAUAAUAUAUGAAUUCUCCAAAAAUUUUACGUUACUAUUUAUGCAUAAAAGCAGCUUCACGCCCAAGAUGUAUUCUGUAAAAUAAUUUCCACUCUUUGCCAUGUCUUAAUGUAAAUGUUCUGUACUUCUGUUAAGCCAUAUCAAAAAUUCGAGUCAACAGUCCAAAAACCACACGCACAUAGGGGUAACAAAAAUUUAUAUGACACGAAAACUCAACUCGAACCCAACCAGAAUUUCUCAUGUUAGGGGCACCGUUUUAAGAACGGGUCGGAUUCAAGUCCCAAUUUUCGACCCGUUUUGAAUUUUGGGAAGAUUUGGGUCAACCUAGAAACUCGAUUUGGAUCCGGUUUUGACCUGCUGCGUGCCCAUCUCGCACACAAAUGACAGAACUGCAUGCCCAUCUGGCCAUCUCGUGCACGCACGGCCCAACCGCUGCCCUCGCCCCGCGCUCCCGCACGUCUUGCCUUGCCUGCCAGCUGCUAGAAAAAGGCGUCACCAACACCUGCAAGGAUUGUGAAAGGACCCUCCUCGACUCCUUCCGCUUCUGCUCUCUUGGCUGCAAGAUAGUUGACACUUCUAAUGACCCCGACAAGAUGAAGAAGAGGAUGAAGAAUCGAGUAACUACGACAUCCGGUUCGGAGGAAACCUACUCGAGUACGAGCCAUGGAAGCGAGAAGAGCACAGUGGUGCAUAGCUUAAAUCCUUCAACUCCUCUGCCGAUCGUUGUUAGCUUUCGAAGCACUACGAGGAGGAAGGGCAUUCUGCAUCGAGCUCCUUUCAGUAGCCUUAUCCUUGAAUUUUAGAAAAGCAAGAAGAAAUCCCAACUACAUCUCUCUUCAAUGUGUUGUCUUCACCUAUAAAUAUAUGUAUAAAAGAAGAUGGCUUCCAACUCGCCAGCACUCUAUUCACUCCCGCGGAUCUCGCUCACCCCCGUCCCUGCCACGUCUCGCCUAAUCGGGUCGGGUCGAGUUAACUUUGUAACCCGGCAGGUCGGAUCCGACUUGCUA